AUGAACAAUAUAUUUUUAUUAAAUGAUUCUAUAACUAAUGGAUUUAGAAUAGAAUUUGUUGAUACUAUUUAUUUAGUAUCUACUUUAUUAGGUUUACUAACUAUAGUUAGUAGAAAUCCUGUAGUAUCUGUUUUAUUUUUAAUAGGUUUAUUUGUUAAUGUUGCAGGUUUAUUAAUAUUAAUAGGAUAUAAUUUUAUAGGUUUAGCUUAUAUAUUAGUUUAUGUAGGUGCUGUAUCUAUUUUAUUUUUAUUCAUUUUAAUGUUAAUUAAUAUUAGAGUAUCUGAAUUAUUUACUGAUACUAAUAAUGAUUUACCUUUAGCUAUAUUAACAGUUAUAAUUUUUUACUAUAUUAUGGGACAAGUAUUACCUUCAAAUUUUACAGAAAAUAGUAUUGUUUCUUAUUUAUCAAAUUCAUUUUCUGAUGUAUAUAAUGUACAAUUAGAUAAUGAAUUAUUUAAUAUAGUUGAUUUAAAACAACAAAUAGGUUAUGCUAGUAUUUUAUUUAUGCAUGGAUUCCAAGGAUUCCAAUAUUUAGUUCCUUUAGCUGUAUUUAAUGUUAUGUAUGUAAUGGGUAUACAAGCUGUUAAUCCAUUUGAAUUACCUUUAUUAAAUACUAUAUUAUUAUUAUCUUCUGGUGUAACUAUUACAUAUGCUCACCAUUCUUUAAUACAAGGUAAUAGAAAAGGUGCUUUAUAUGGUACAGUUGUUACAAUUAUAUUAGCUGUAGUAUUUACUUUCUUCCAAGGUGUUGAAUAUUCAGUAUCUUCUUUCACUAUUUCUGAUAGUGUUUAUGGUUCAUGUUUCUACUUUGGUACUGGUUUCCACGGUAUACACGUUAUGGUUGGUACAGCUUUCUUAGCUGUAGGAUUAUGA